UGAUUCCAUUGUUGUCAAAGGAGUUGUUGAAAUAUUCUGCUUUAUAUCUCAUCCGAGUACAAUAUGGCGACUCCAUCUAGCCAGCCCGUUUACCGGGCCACCACUACCGCCCCCGUCAACAUUGCGGUCAUCAAAUACUGGGGCAAGCGUGAUACCACUCUCAACCUCCCAACCAACUCAUCUCUCUCCGUUACCCUUUCUCAGCGUUCCCUGCGCACCCUGACCACCGCCUCUGCCUCUGCCAUCUACCCCGCCGAGGAUACCCUGAACUUGAACGGCAAGCCGCAAGAGAUUCAGUCUUCCAAGCGCACUCUUGCUUGUCUCUCGAACCUGCGUGCCUUGCGCAAGUCUCUUGAAGAUGCCGAUGCCUCGCUGCCCAAGCUCUCCGCCCUCCCUCUCCGAAUUGUCUCCGAGAACAACUUCCCCACUGCCGCCGGUCUGGCCAGUUCCGCUGCUGGUUUUGCUGCUCUGGUCCGCGCCGUUGCCAACCUUUACCAGCUGCCUCAGUCUCCUCGUGAGCUGAGCCGUAUUGCUCGCCAGGGUUCAGGCUCUGCUUGCCGAUCUCUGAUGGGUGGCUACGUCGCCUGGCGCACCGGUGAGCAGGCUGACGGCAGCGACAGCUUGGCCGAGGAGGUGGCCCCCGCCUCCCAUUGGCCGGAGAUGCGUGCUCUGAUCCUGGUGGUCAGCGCCGAGAAGAAGGACGUUCCUAGCACCGAGGGUAUGCAGACCACCGUGGCUACUUCGGACCUCUUCGCUACACGAGCCCAGAACGUUGUCCCCGAGCGCAUGGAUGCCAUUGAGGUCGCUAUCCGUGACCGUGACUUCCCCAAGUUUGCUGAGAUCACCAUGCGUGACUCGAACACCUUCCACGCCACCUGCCUGGACUCGUGGCCUCCUAUUUUCUACAUGAACGAUGUCUCGCGUGCUGCCGUCCGCCUUGUGCACGAUAUCAACCGCGCUGUUGGCCGUACUGUGGCCGCCUACACCUUUGAUGCGGGCCCCAACGCUGUCAUUUACUACGAGGAGAAGGAUUCAGAACUUGUUGCUGGUACGGUCAAGGCUAUCCUCGGCGCCAGUGCCAGCGGCUGGGAGGGUCCCUUCUACGAGGGCCUGGCUAACCUUACCGCCCCUGGUGUCUCUCUUGACAACAUUGACUCGCGUGUUCUGGAUGUUCUCAAGGGUGGUGUGAGCCGUGUUAUCCUGACCGGUGUUGGUGAGGGUCCCGUCACUGUUGAGGAUCACCUGGUCACCGAGACUGGUGAGAUCGUCUCCAACUAGGAAUUGUUUGGAUGAAAAGUUAAUGAUACAGCCAUCUUGCUCAGAUGACUUGGAAGAUACCCCGAUUCCCUUUUGCAAAGGGCUAAUUGAAUCCUGUCGUCGCAAGAGAUGAUGCAAAUCUUUUUCAUUGUAUCUUUGUUGUUGCUCAAGACUUCCUAGAACAUAAUCCCCAGUAUGAGAAGUCAAAUAUAUAUGGUGACUAGCGCCUUGAUUUGCAUAAUCAUUUGCACAGAUACAACUUCCCGUCCCUUGUCUAAAUUAGAAAUCUUUGAUCCCUUGAAGUUCCCUCUUCCUGCGGAUAUAGGUUUGUCACUUGAACGGUCCGGUCUGUCUCGCGUUCAUGACAAUCAUCAC